UAUGGCAUGAUUUUCAAAGGGAUCAGUGAUUCCUGAUCCUUAAUUAUGUGAGCUAUCAUAGUAACAGCUUUGGAAAGCAUGCCACGUAAUAAGCCUGCCACGUAGGAGCUUAGGACUUGCAGUGUUCUGUGAUCUGCAGGACUUCCACUAACCUGUCAUCUGGACAAGGCAGAGAAUGCAUAGCUUCUGCACAGCCUGUUUGUGUCUCCUCUCAGAGAGCCCACAGAGGGUUAAACUAUGCCCCAGAACCACUGUGUGUCCCGUCUGCCGAGAAGUUCUUACAAGCUGUGUGCAGGUGGAGACGCACAUUAGGUGUUAGGUAGGCUCUCCAGAACAGGGCUGAUGCCAGAGUGCAGAGCCCAGUGGGACCCGAGCAGCUUCCCACCACUGCCGGGAAGAGGACACACGAACACAUCUAGAUUCCCCAACUGUAGUUAUAACUCAGUGGCACAGAAUCGAGGUAUAGCGAUAUUGGGAACCUGAGUACAGCUGGAUUUGAGCCAGGUAAGUCUGUCAGUGGGACCUUAAGCCCAAGACUGGAGUUCAGAGUCUCAGACCCCAGGAAAAGGAGCCUGGAAAAGGAAAAAGUGGUUACUCAGUGGGUUCAAACUCCUAAAAGUCAUCUAUGGCCAAUGCCCCCCCCCCCCCCCCCCGAGAAACUAGGCCUUGGACUGAGAACUAAACAGAACCUCUCAGAAACAUGAAAAGAACUAACCGUCCAAUUAAAGGGUCAUAAACUAAUCUUAUGGAGAAUAAACACUUAAGCUUGAGUUAGCAUAAAAUUUUAGUCAUCUCUACACUGCAGAUAUUUUUAAUAAAAGUGUUAAUGACUGUUUUGAUUUUGUGGGAUUAUCUUUUAAACUGUUAUUAAUGAUGGAAUUUUCAUUGAUAAUGAUAGGGACUUUUAGUUUUAUUUAUUUUUUGAAAAUUUUGUACAUGUACAUAAUGUACCAGACCCACCCAUCACCCCAGUUCCAGUUCCCCCUAGGACUUUGAAUCACAUCCCUCCCACCUCAUGUCCUCCUUGUACAAUUGUGUUAUUCUAACUGAGUUCUGUUACUGUGGAGCUAUUUUUAGUAGCUAGAGAAAGGAAAAAUACUUACUUUUUCUCAACCAUACUGUUUAUACAAAGCUUACCUUUUUUGACUUUCUUGUAUUGUGAUCAGUUGAUUUUUUUUUUCCUUUGAUAUUUACAGUGGCAUCCUCAUUCUUAACCUCACAUAUAGAAUAUUCUCUUUAAAGGCUUUAGAAUUCCACUUGAAACGAUUUUUCUUUGCAUAAGACUCUCGUUCAUUUCUAGACGAUGCAUUGUGAUCAGCACAGGGCACAUGUGCUUAUGCGUACAGGGGCAGAGCGUGUGAACAAGGACGGUUUCUGGGAUGUCCACUGUUUAGUUCCCAGCCCGCCUGGUCUGAAUAGCAUGUGCCUGAGUCCCCUGCUUGCACUCUUGUCUUCUGGGGCCACCUGCUGGGGUGCAGAAGCAGUAAGGCUCCCCAGUGGCCUCCAGCCAUCCUGGACACAUCCCGCUCACCCCUCUGUCAGAGCACACUAACCAUUUCACUGCCUUAGGUUUUCUCUGGUCGUGCUUUGCAGCUGGCCGAUGUUUCCAGAGCUCACAACAUGCUUCCCUGCCUGCUCUGCUUCUUGCAAUCCCUUACCAGGGACUGCAGCUCUUCUCAACAAAUAUUUAUCAGAUAGAGCCGGGCGGUGGUGGCACACGCCUUUCAUCCCAGCACUCGGAGGCAGAGGCAGGCGGGUCUCUUGAGUUCGAGAAACCCUGUCACACAAAACCCCAAAUAAAUAAAACCCCAAAUAAAUAAAGUUUAUCAGAUGACCACAGCAUGGCAGGACACUGGCUAGGUCUCUUGAUGAUGUUGCCUAGCCUAAUCCUGGUCAUCUUGGAGAUGUGGGAAUACAGAGAAGUUCUGUUUCUAGAUGUGAUUUUAGCACAGACUAGUGGCAGGGGCAGAGGCUUUCGUGAGGACUGGGUUCUGUGGCCAUGCAUUUUCUUGUUCCUUGAGCCUCAGCAUGCAGCUCGGGUAGCGUUCAUCCCUCCUCACACUGCACGGCCGACAUUUACAGUGUGCGCUACCUUGAUAGCUUCAAAGUGAUUUCUCACGUUUUUUGUUUUGUUUUGUUUAUUUCAAGACAGGGUUUCUCUCUGUAGCUUUGGAGCCUGUUCUAAACUCACUUUGUAGACCAGGCUGGCCUCAAACUCACAGAGCUCCGCCUGCCUCUGCCUCUAGAGUGCUGGGAUUAAAGGUGUGUGCCUCCACUGCCUGGCUUCACUUACAUUUUUAUAACUAAGAUUUUACUUGGCACUUUUCUUCCGUUCCAUCUGAUCGCCACCUUUUCCUGAGCUUAUCUGCAGAUUUGCUAUGCGUGCCUGAGAAUCCGGACAUGAAACCUGGAUUCUGUAAUUUGAAUGGCAUUAGGUAACUACUCAUCCUAGAAGACAUACUCCAAGUGGUUCAGAACAUCAGUGUGCUAGGGUAGUUCAUCAUCACCCACCCCAGCAACACAUGCAGUUAGCGGUAGUGAGAAUGAACUCAGGAACGUGACCCACGGGCCACCGCCUUCCUAGUGUAGCUGCAUGGCCCAGAAAAUCCUCCAAAAACAGCUACUAGUAUUGAUUAAACUUUCUUACUUUACAUUGUUCUAAUCGCGAUCGGCUGCCCCUCCUGCUCACCCUCCUCACUUCCCCUUCUGCAAUUCCUCUUUUGUUUCCUCCACGCAAGCACUUAUGUUCCUACACCAAGUGAGACAUGUCUGGCAUGCUCCGUGUCCUGGUUUCCAUUUCAUAGAGAUGUGCAGUCACAGAGAUCUCCCGUACACGUAAGACAUGCAUGCUGACUCCUGAGUCACAGCCCAUUCAUCUGCUUUAACCCGCUGGCCCUUCUCCUCCAUCAUAAAUAACCAGGGCACGUAUUUGUGAAUUAAAAAGCACAUUUGCUUGACUUUCCCGUGUUCCUGGGUGUCUGCGGUUCUGUGUGACUCUCUAGAAAGAAGAGUAGUGGUGGAGUUUCUGGGAACUCUGGGGUGUCAAGUUUGAGAUCUGUGGACGUUGCCCUCCCUGUCCUUAAAAACAAAAAGAUAAGCCAUUUCCUUCGCCUCUCUAAGUUUUUGCUCUAUAUUAAAUAUAGGAUGCGUCUAGAUAUGAUUAGGGCUAAUUUUGUGGUAAAGUUGAAAAAGAUUGUCGUAGAACUAUGUUUUAACAAAUUACUCAAAACAAAUAGAAAAAAAUCAAAUGUAGAAAAUUUUCAAAAGGCAUCCUUAACUGUAUGAUUAAUUGACUGGCAUCUAAUGUAGCUAAAAGUAAGUGUUGUGAUUUUGCUCAAGUAUCAUUGCUGAGUUCUUGAUGACCCGAAAUUCAGGUGAGUUAAGUACACAUCUUGGCUGUGCUCACUGCUUCACCGUGGGCUUGCUGCUCCUCUGUCCCCUGUAGAGAUAAUUCGCUCCACCUGAGCGUCUCACCAUCUUUCUGCUUCAGGCCAGGUAGCACAGGUACCAGGCAUGUUUUCACUCGAGGAAUUUUUAUUAGGAGUGGGGCUGGACUGAUGUUCUCUGCUCAUGCUAGCUAAUUCCAUAAGGAUCUCAUCCACUAGAGCAUGCUGGAAAAGGUGAAUAUUUCAACCAGGUUUUAAGUUAUUAUAAGUGCUAGUAUUAUCUUGGACUGGAAUGUGUAUUUGCUGUCUUCUGUCUGCUAUGAUGAGCAAGCCUGCAGGUCAUUAUGUUAGUGGUAAGCACUUACCGUUUUAAUCUUUCUUGUUCAUUCAACAGUUACUUUACUGUCAUUUAUGGGAAACAGCAGUGAAUAAAACUGGCCUGACCCUGCCCCGCGCUGCCUACAGUUGAUUGCUCAUUCUCUGAAGAUUGGCCAAAAUGGGAAGGGCUGGAUUCUGCUCUCUUCCACGAAGAGUUAAUGGGACUGGCUAAGAUCAAAGUCUGAGGCUUUUUCCAUCCUUAAUCAGUCCCUUUUUGCUUUCUUUUACGACCACAUGAAACUUGAGAAGCCACCUAAAGCUAUAUCACUUAGUGGAGUUGGGCAGUUCCCAGGUGUCCAACAAGAAGGCCUGGUUUAGGCUGCGAUGGCCACUGUCAUUCCUGGUGAUUUGUCAGAAGUAAGAGAUACCCAGAAAGCCCCUUCAGGGAAACGUAAGCGUGGUGAAACCAAACCAAGAAAAAACUUCCCUUGCCAACUGUGUGACAAGGCCUUUAACAGUGUUGAGAAAUUAAAGGUUCACUCGUACUCUCACACAGGAGAGAGGCCCUACAAGUGCACACAACAAGACUGCACCAAGGCCUUUGUUUCUAAGUACAAAUUACAAAGGCACAUGGCUACUCACUCUCCUGAGAAAACCCACAAGUGUAAUUAUUGUGAGAAAAUGUUUCACCGCAAAGACCACCUGAAGAAUCACCUCCACACCCACGACCCCAACAAAGAGACCUUCAAGUGCGAGGAGUGCGGCAAGAGCUACAACACCAAGCUCGGCUUCAAGCGGCACCUGGCCCUGCACGCUGCCACCAGCGGCGACCUCACCUGCAAGGUGUGCUUGCAGACUUUUGAAAGCACGGGCGUGCUCCUGGAGCACCUGAAGUCGCACGCGGGCAAGUCCUCCGGGGCCGUGAAGGAGAAGAAGCACCAGUGCGAGCACUGUGAGCGCAGGUUCUACACCCGGAAGGAUGUCCGGAGACACAUGGUGGUGCACACGGGGAGAAAGGACUUCCUCUGCCAGUACUGUGCACAGAGAUUCGGACGGAAGGAUCACCUCACUCGACAUAUGAAGAAGAGUCACAACCAAGAGCUUCUGAAGGUCAAAACGGAACCGGUAGAUUUCCUGGACCCUUUCACCUGUAACAUGUCUGUGCCUAUAAAGGACGAGCUCCUGCCGGUGAUGUCCUUACCUUCCAGUGAACUCUUGUCCAAGCCAUUCACAAACACUUUGCAGUUAAACCUCUAUAACACUCCAUUUCAGUCCAUGCAGAGUUCCGGAUCUGCUCACCAAAUGAUCACAACCUUACCUUUGGGAAUGACGUGCCCCAUAGAUAUGGAUGCUGUUCAUCCCUCCCACCAUCUUGCUUUCAAAUGCCCGUUCAGUUCUACCUCAUACGCAAUCUCUAUUCCUGAAAAAGAACAGCCAUUAAAGGGGGAAAUUGAGAGUUACCUGAUGGAGUUACAAAGUGGUGCGCCCUCUUCCUCCCAGGAUUCUCAAGCGUCGUCAUCUAAGUUAGGGUUAGAUCCUCAGAGCGGGUCCCUCGAUGACGGUGCGGGGGACCUCUCGCUGUCAAAGAGCUCUAUUUCCAUCAGUGACCCCCUCAACACACCAGCAUUGGAUUUUUCUCAGCUGUUCAAUUUUAUACCAUUAAAUGGCCCUCCUUACAAUCCUCUGUCCGUGGGGAGCCUCGGGAUGAGCUAUUCCCAAGACGAAGCGCAUUCUUCUGUUUCUCAGCUGCCUGCCCAAACACAGGAUCUCCAGGAUCCUGCGAGCGCCGUGGGUCUCGGUUCUCUGCACUCGCUCUCCGCGGCGUUCACCAGCAGCCUGAGCUCGAGCACCACCCUGCCCCGUUUCCACCAGGCCUUCCAGUAGGGCCUGGCGGCAGGUUCUAGAGGGAGGCGCGCGUGUAGCCCCGCCCUCGCUGACCGUUUUUAUCUUAGUGCCUACUUUAAGACAAUACAAAAACUUCUGCUUUUGUAUAAUAUCAGGUUUCACGAAGCCAGUAAAUAAUAGGAACUAGCCUCUUGGGUAAGCUUUGAAACCGUUCAUGUUUAAUACGUUUGCCGUUUCUCCCGAUUUACUGCCAGUUGACAUAGCCUCAGAGUUUUAUUUCAUAUAGGAGCGCCAUUAUUAUCGCUAAAUUCUUCAGGUCCUGUGUUCAAAUUACUAUUAGACUUUAAAAUUUUCAUUUUUGUCUAAUAGCAUUGGGCAUCGGACAUUUGGCUCAUUUUUUUUUUUUUUGCAAAUAUGCAGUACCAUGUAAAUCUUAUGUAGCGUGUGUGAAUAGCUGAGGUGUUUUACAUGUUUUGCUAGCCACUAAAUAGAUUCAUGAUCAAGUGUUUUAAAGGAAUCGAGAAUCCAGCUUGGGGAGAUUAUAGUGGUUUCUUAAAUAUGCCAUCAUUUCAGAUCAAUAUGUUUUGAAGACUUUUGUCUUGACAAAAUGAGAGAAGAGAGUUUCGGUAUCCACAAGGAACCUUGAGAGGUCACAGGGUGUUCUGUGUUGGCACUGUUUUGCCACAUCUCGACUGUCUUCUCUUUAUGUUAACAGUGUGUGGCGUCAGUCUUCAGGAGCAGGGUAGAGAUGUCCUGUUCCCUGUCCUUCGCCUUUCGUACCCAGGAUGGCCUCAGUGAACCAGCAUUCUUAAUGUUGCACGUUGUCCGUAGUCAGUCCAGAGUCUCGGGGGCCAUUGUGGGGCAGUAGUCAGUGAAACACCCAGAGUAGACUCCUCAGCGGGACGAUGGAUGUCAAACAUACAGCCAAACCUCAGAACUUGUCUAGAGAAUCCCCACCGUUGCCAGAGCUGAAAACUGGACUCUUUCGGGGCAGAGUAAAAGCCUACCUAUCCCGUCAUUUCUAAAACAGCAAUGUGCGUCCUCCUCGCCCCGCCGUGGUCGGCUGGAGAACUUACACACAUUAACACGCUACCUGAGGAAUCUCCACAACGUCUUACACAACCCACACAGCAAAACCCCACUCUUGACACACCUUAGCGAGCGGGAGGAGUGUGACACAAUAAGCCGAGUUUGUAGAGGAAACAAGGAAAAUAAAGCACACACCGAGUGAGUGUGGAAGCACCGAGGGUAUGGUGCUCACAGACGCGGUAGUAAUGGCUUCCUCACGCCAGCCAGGGCUCUGAUCGGCGGUGCCGUAGAGAUUUUCCUAAGGGUUGCUCGUGGCAUCAGCCUACAAGCUGUAUCUAUUAAGCACUUGUUAACUCCUUAUUUUGAGACCCCUUUUGUUGGGGCAGGGGUAGGGGAAAAUUUACAGAAGAGUAUGUAUCUCUUAAAAAAAAAAAAAAAGAAAAGAAAAAAAAUAUUUCUGAAUUUCUGAGCACUCAAUUAGCCCUGUAUGGGGAGACCCGUUCCCUUUCCUAGGGCCAACUAUCACUGCAGAUUGCAUUGUUUACCAAUAAUUCUAAACAUGAGUAUAGAUUGCUGAAUAUAACGCAUUAUUUAAAAUACUUGGGAGUAGUAUAAAUCGAGGAGAAGUGUAAGAUGUCAUAUGGAUGGGGCUUUCGCUGUAUGUUACACACACGUCUAGCGCACUUCAUAGACUCAGAGUCACUCUCUGGAGGGCUCUCGCUCCCGGUUUUCACCCUGGAGCAAUAGUUUUUAUACUUAUGUAUUUAAAUUUUAUUAUGAAAAUUUACAUUUUAUUAAAAAAAAGUGUUCCAAAGGCAUUAAAAUUAUAUAUGUUAAUAAGGAAAUGCAUUUUUAGCUCUUCUUCAAGCUGCUCCUGAGCUGUGGUCGGGAGCGUGCUCACUCUCCACGUGGGCUCUUUGCUCUGCUUCAAGGCGGCUUCCUUAGUUUCUGUGAAACAGAUCGCUUACCUAAAGCUCUAGUUGAAUGAUUAGUGUUCAAUAUUGCUUUACUCACCACGGAAAAAGGAAAAGAAAGUUGGUGACAGAGCACAAGUAAAUAGAAAACCUAUUUUUAUGUAGAGGUUGGUCCCAGACACCACAUACGAAAGCACUAGCCUAUUCUAUCUCAAAUUUGCGUAAGAAAAAAGUCACACUAAUGACCUGAGACGUCGGCCUCUGUGGGCUGUAUUUCACUGCUAAUUGAAAAAAAGGGAGUAUCAGGAUAUAAUGAAAUAAAGCAUUUUGAAAUGGGAAAGGCGCCAUAUCUGUAUAUAUAUAAAUAUAUUUUUAUCCUAAUUCUUGCCCUGCACAGAACUCUAAUACACAUCUUCCAGGGUACCAGUGUUAAAACGUAGAGUCUUCAUUUUCUUCGUAUGUACACCUCUCUGCCUAUUGCUGCCCCCACAGACUUGAAGAACACUUCAAAGUAAGAGGGAAUCCAGCAAGUUGGGUUGGAUUUUUUUUUGUUUGUUUGUUUGUUUUUGUUUUUUUUUUUUUAAUUGACUGCAGUGGUCACUAAACCCUUUCUUGAUAGAUUUUUCUAUUAAAGAUCAGGCAGCUUGUAAUGUAAUUGCACAAUGUUUUAACAAGGAUGUGACACAGAAUUGGCUCCCCGCCCCCC